AUGGGAUCCGAAGUUGAACUGGACUCCAAUCAAAAUCAAACAGUUUGGGUAUCCACUUCACAGGAAAAUGAAACAACAGGGCUAAAUGCCCAACUUUUGGAACUGAAAACGGAGGUAAACAGCAUGAAAGCCGAGAUCAAAGCUGAAGUGAGUUCUUUGAAUCAAGAAAUUGUUCAACUAAGAAAAGAAGUUAGGGAAGAAUACAAAAAGGUCAGCGUCUUAUUUGACGAAAUAUUAAAUAAAAUUGAAGGGGUUAAAUUGCCCACCACCACUCACGGGGCUUUUCCCAUCAGGCCAGAUCUAUUAAAAGAAUAUUCCUUUCCUCUUGCAAGUUUAGAGGAAAUAAAUAACUUUGAAACAGAAUUAAAAGUGAACAAAAAUCUUAAAGAAGAGUUUUUCGAAUUUUUAAAAAAAAUAGGUGGUACAACUGGCGAAGGUGACGCGGCCAAAGUGGGGUAUAAAAUUGUCGAUACCCUCUUUUCAAUGGAAAUAUUGACCUAUUAUUCUUGGACGGGUAUCUCAAAGAAAAAAACAAAUCAAGAAGGAAAGCAUUCCUUUAGCGCACUUAAAACAUUAGUGCAAAUUAUCUUUGAGGCUCUUCUAAUAUGCGACACUCGAUAUAACCUACAAAAACAUGAAAAACUUUUUAAAGAAGGCGUUUUAAAGCACGCUAAAAAGAGGUUUGAAAGGAAGGUUAAACAGCAGGAAGCAAAGAACGGUCAUGUUACAGCGGAAAACGAAGGGCAACAAGACAAGGAGAAGGAGAAGACAACAUUAGAAGAAAACAAGGAUUGCAAUUCAUCAGAUUCAGAAAUUGAGGAUAUUCAAUAA